UGAGAACAGCGCGCCUACGUUUCCCACUUUAUGGUCUUCCGUGAACGUCCGCGGGCGACGGGCCUCCUCGCGAGGAAGAAGAAAGGGCCCAGAAGGAUGCCAGCAACAAGGAUCCCUUUUUCCGUUGCUUGUGAUGGAGCUGAACCAGAUCAGGGUUCAGUGGCCUUUGAGGAGGUGGCCGUAUACUUCACUUGGGAGGAGUGGGCACUGCUGGAUCCCGACCAGAAGGCCCUCCACCAGGAAGUCAUGGAGGAGAACUGGAAAACAGCGUCCGCUCUUGGGGCUGGAUGGAGGCCAGCAACAAAUGUUUCCUCCCCUCUUCCUUGGGAUGGAGCUGAACCAGAUCAGGGUCCAGUGACUUUUGAGGAGGUGGCCGUGUCCUUCACCCAGGAGGAGUGGGCGCUGCUGGAUCCUGACCAGAGGGCCCUCCACCAGGAGGUCAUGGAGGAGAACUGGCAAACGAUAUCCUCCCUCGGACAUAACUGGAGGGAGAAAUAUAUAUGUCUAAAAAGUGAAAAGAAUUUUAGACAUAAAUUAGAGCUUGCCAAAGACCAGAGAACCUACAUAGAAGAAGAAAGCUGUGUGCAAGAGAAGCCCUAUGAACCCCUCAUAUGUGGAAAACAUUUGGCCAUGAUGUGUCACAAAAAAGCCCAAGAUGGAAAGAAGCACUUUGUAAAUGAAGUAUCUGAGAAAAGUUUUGAUUGUAAGUUACUCCUUGUAAGCUAUCAAAGGGCCCACGCAGGAGAAAAACCAUACCAAUGCCAGGAGUGUGGGAAAUCCUUCGCUUGGAAUUCAAGCCUUCUCAUCCAUCAGAGAGUCCACACAGGAGAAAAACCGUACAAAUGUCAGGACUGUGGGAAAUAUUUUGCUCGCAGUUCACGGCUUGUGAGUCAUAAGAGAAUCCACACAGGAGAGAAACCAUACACAUGCCAGGAAUGUGGAAAAUGUUUUGCUCAGAUUUCAUACCUUGUAUUUCAUAAGAGAAUCCACACAGGAGAGAAACCAUACAAAUGUCAGGAAUGUGGGAAAUGUUUUUCUCACAAUUCAAGCCUUUUCAGUCAUAAGAGAGUCCACACAGGAGAGAAACCGUAUGAAUGCCAGGAAUGUGGGAAAUGUUUCGCUCAUAGUUCACGACUUACAAUUCAUAAGAGAGUCCACACCGGAGAAAAACCAUACAAAUGCCAGGAAUGUGGGAAAUGUUUUGCUCAAAAUUCAAACCUUGUGAAUCAUAAGAGUGUCCACACAGGAGAGAAACAAUUCAAAUGCCAGGAAUGUGGGAAAUGUUUUCUUCAGAAUUCACAGCUUGUGAGUCAUAAGAAAGUCCACACAAGGGAGAACCCAUACAAAUGCCAGGAAUGUGGGAAAUGUUUUGCACAAAAUUCAAAUCUUGUGAAACAUAAGAGACUCCAUACAGGAGAGAAGCCGUACAAAUGUCAGAAUUGUGCAAAAUGUUUUGCUAACAGUUCAGUGCUUGUGAGUCAUAAGAGAGUCCACACAAGGGAGAACCCGUACAAAUGCGAGGAAUGUGGGAAAUGUUUUUCUCAGAAUUCAAACCUUGUGAAACAUAAGAGACUGCACACAGGAGAGAAACCGUACAAAUGCCAAGAAUGUGAUAAAUGUUUUGCCCAGAAAUCACAGCUUGUGAGUCAUAACAGAGUCCAUGCAAGAGGAAAACCAUACAAAUGCCAGGAAUGUGGGAAAUGUUUCAUUUACAAUUCGCUUCUUGUGUGUCAUAAGAGAGUCCACACAGGAGAGAGACAGUACAAGUGCCAGGAAUGUGGGAAAUGUUUUGCUCGCAGUUCAAACCUUGUGAGGCAUACGAGUGUUCACACAGGAGAGAAACCGUACAAAUGCCAGGAGUGUGGGAAAUGUUUUGCUCGCAGUUCAAACCUUUUGAGGCAUAUGAGUGUCCACACAGGAGAGAGACAGUACAAGUGCCAGGAAUGUGAGAAAUGUUUUGCUCGCAGUUCAAACCUUUUGAGGCAUAUGAGUGUUCACACAGGAGAGAAACCGUACAAAUGCCAGGAGUGUGGGAAAUGUUUUGCUCGCAAUUCACAGCUUGUGAAUCACAAGAGAGCCCACACAGGAGAAAAACUAUACAAAUGCCAGGAGUGUGGGAAAUGUUUUGCUCGCAAUUCACAGCUUGUGAAUCACAAGAGAGCCCACACAGGAGAAAAACUAUACAAAUGCCAGGAGUGUGGGAAAUGUUUUGCUCGCAAUUCACAGCUUGUGAAUCACAAGAGAGCCCACACAGGAGAAAAACUAUACAAAUGCCAGGAGUGUGGGAAAUGUUUUGCUCGCAAUUCACAGCUUGUGAAUCACAAGAGAGCCCACACAGGAGAAAAACUAUACAAAUGCCAGGAGUGUGGGUUCAGACAGAACAUAAUAGAUGAGAGGAUGACCUGGCAACUCUUGGCUCGAACAAAAUGUGGGGAGAAGCACAGUGGCCUUUUGUGAGUAAGGCACCAAAGCUUUAACUGUUAAUGUUGGUGUCCAGAACUUUGCAUUACAUUGUACACAUAGGGAGACGAUGGAGGAAUUAGCAUAAAAGCCUGGUCCAGAGCAAACAGUGACCACAUUUGUUUAGCAGUGUGUCUGAUAUUUUCUUCUGCCCAAGGAGAAGAGGCUGGACUCAAUGCCAAACACCAAAGAAUCUACACAGAAGAAAGCUUAUGUGUCACAAAAGGGCCCAAGCUGGAAAGAAGCACUUUGUAAAUGAAGUUUCUCAGAAAGGUUUAGAUUGCAAGUUACUCUUAGUAAGCUACCAAAGACUCCACACAGGAGAGUGGGGGAAAUAUUUUGCUUGCAAUUCAUGGCUUGUGAGUCAGGAGAGAAACCUUACAAAUGCCAGGAGUGUGGGAAAUGAUUUGCGCAGGGUUCAUACCUUGUAUUUCGUAAGAGAGUUGACUUGUGUCUGUGGUUUCUGGGCCUCUCUUUCGUGGGGGCUGCUCUCUUCACUAAGGAUGAGGUUUGCAGUCUGGGCGUGCUGUUGGACUCAACACUAUAAGUAAAUACCACCAUAUCUUCCCCAACCUGUCUGCCUUGCAUGCAUUUCCAUGCUAACUUCAAGAUGAUGAUGCUGACAUAUAGGGCCCUAAAAGGUUUGGGCCUCGACACCUGGCAGAGCGCCUUCUUCCAGUGAAAUCUGUCUACCCCACUUGAUCAUCCCAGGCCGGACGGUUGAGCUCACUGACCCCGAGAGACGCCUGGAAAAAGACUAUGUUCAGACAGGCGUUUCCAGAUACUGUACCAACAGCACAGAGUUUCUUUCAAUCUUAGACUACCAGCUCUGCCAUCUUGCUGUGUCAAUGUUUUAAUGUUUAUGCUUUAAGUUUGCAUUAUCAAUUGUUUUCGUGUUCUUCUCUUUUUAGUUUAACAGCUGACUGGUAUUUUUAUUUAAUUUUUAUAUUGUUAUGUUU